GGGAGAGCGGGGCCGGGCCGGGGGCGCUUCCUCCCGGGAGGGCGCCUGGAGCGGAUCCCGGCCCGUGCCCGCCUUCAGAGCCGCCUUCCCACCGGCCGUGCUGGGAGGCGGUUGGUGGCGGGGCCACGGGACGGGAGGGCGGUGUGAAAUCGCACGGCUGUGUAGGCAUUCUAUCAUACUACUUAGAAGAGCACGUGGAAUAAAAGAUUAUUAAAAGAAGCAGUAGAGCAGCUUGACCUAUUACAGAACCAUGGUUCGGCUAACAAUGGACCUAAUUGCUAAAAAUGCUGGUCACAAGAAUCGUAGUGAAGAAGACUUUGAACAAUAUCUGCAAAAAAUAACUCAUCUGAAUUUGUCAGAUAAAAAUAUAGAUUCAAUUGAUGACCUCUCUUUCUGUAAAAAUCUGAGAGUUCUAUAUUUAUAUGAUAACCAAAUCAACCAAAUACAGAACUUGGACUUUGCUUCAAAUAUAACGCACCUUUACCUUCAGAACAAUCGUAUUUCAAGUAUAGAAAAUCUCUCGUUGCUGAAAAAACUUGAAAAACUGUAUUUAGGAGGCAACUAUAUCACUAUAGUGGAGGGUUUGGAUAAAAUAGGAGAACUAAGGGAGCUACAUAUUGAAAGUCAACAUCUCCCUCUUGGUGAAAAGCUUCUGUUUGAUCCAGUAUCUCUUAACUCCCUGGCAAAAUCUUUGUCUGUAUUGAAUAUCAGCAAUAACAACAUUGAUGAAUUAGAAGAACUGGCAGUUUUGGAAAAUCUUUCUUACCUUAAAGCAGUCGACAAUCGACUUAAACAUAUGAAGGAUUUGGAGGUUGCAUUAAAAAAAUGGACAAAGCUACGCAGAAUGGAUCUUACAGGAAACCCCAUCUGUCAAAAACCGAAGUACAAGGAUAGGAUUAUAGUACAGUCACCGACUUUAGAAUCCCUCGACGGGAAAGAAAUUCAAGAAAUGGAAAGACGUUUCUUAAUAAAUUGGAAAGCCUCCAGAGCUGCCAGGAAAAAAAACAAUGAAAGAAUGACAGAUGAACAUGCAGCCUAUGUACAAUUUUCUGACUCUGAAACACCUCAUCUUGCUCUUCCUUUUAACCACAGUCACUCUGUGAAAGAAAAAGCAGAUUUUUUAGAUUUGGCUCACAAGCAGAAAGUUGAAAGAAAACCUGCGCCAAGAAUCCGUGAAAGGAGAAGUCAGAUGAAAACUCGGGUGUGUUUCUCAAACGUCUUCCUUCUAGUUAUGUUGGUUGUUGCUUGUAAGCUCUUGCUGAAUCAAUUGGAAAAUGAGUACAGGAAGAUAGAAUUUAAUCAGAAAUAUUUUUUUUUAACCAUGUUAUAUUUAUUGUCUUUAUUUCUUUGAAAGACAAGAUAAUAGAUUUCAGUUUUUGGUUACAAAUCAGUGAACUAGCUAAUAGUAGUAACUUUAAUGUUACUGGUUUCUGUCCUAUGCAUUUAACUGUAAUCAUUUUCCACAAAGGUAAAAUAAUAUUGAAGUUAAUUCUCUGAAGUAAGUUAAGGUGUGAAGACCAUUGGUGAAGUGUGAUGCUGUGGACAGAAUCAACUGGAUAAUGAGAAACAAUCAGUUUUCAUCAUUGCAGCUUAUUUCUAACAGCCAUGCUCCAGUUUCCCCUGUGGCAAUAGUAUAGUUAGAUAUUUGGGACCUAAUAUCACUCCUUCCAGAUUUUUAAUGCUAUUUUUAACCUAACAGUUUUAUUAUUUUUCAGCUGAAAGAGUCAACAACAAAAAAAUCAUCAUUUAUAUAAUGCUGUAGAUUAAAUAAAUACAUGCAACUGACAUGGGUAUUCUUUUGUAAUUAGUAAAUGUAGUGUUCUAUUUUACAUUCAAGUUAGAAUUUAUUAGUAUGUUUGACAAUAUCACUGAGCAACAUUUAAUGCUAUUUUAUUUUUGACAACUUACCACUUUCCAUUCCAUGAGUUUUGUUUCUUUUGAUUAUUUGUUCUGAUUAAAAAUAGCUGCCUUUCCAUUGAGAAGGGAAGAAUUGCAAAUCACAAAGGUGCUCUCUUUCAAAUAAUAAUUUUAGUUCAUCACAUGACAAUGGAUAUAUUCUGUCCUAAAAAAGAAACUGAAUUUGUCAUAUAUGUGCCCAUUAUUGUACUUUUUUCUUUCUCAGAAAGCACAAAACAGUGGAGCAGUUAAGAACUACAGGAACAAUGUACUUGUUAUUAUAAAAAGUAAUACUGCUAGUGCCUAGUGUAGUAGUAUACUAUUAUUUUCCAGUGAAUAGUACAGGCUUCUGAAAUUUAGAGAGAUACAGAUUACAGAUACUCAUGAGAUACAGAUACUCAUGCCAUAUAAAUACGUUUGGGGUUUUUUUAAAUUCUAUUUUAAGACACGUUUGUCCACAUGCUCAGUGUUGUGUCAGCUUGCAUGGCAUCUCUGUUAGCAUCCUGUCUUUAGGGCCAGGCUGAGUAAAACUGUGCUUUCCAUUUCGUAUUCCCCUUAGUCCUAAAAUAGGAUGGAACAUGCGUGUACAACAUCUUUUCUCCUGUAAGACCUUCUGCUAUUCCCUUUGAGACAAAGCAUUCUGAUUCUGUUUUACAGUGGUAAAAAGCUGUCCAAUUGUUGAACUUCUUUGCUUGGCAAAUAUUUUCUCCCUAUUAAAAAUCUGGUCUACAAUCACAGCUCUGUUGAAAUCCCUUUUGACCCUAGAAAGGUAAAGAGAACAUCUUCCAUACUUGAUUGAAAUAAAAUGGCUACAUUUUUAUUAAUUUACAUUUGUAAAUUAAAUAAUUUAAGUGAUUUUUUUUUACUGUUAGUCUAGAAGAUUUUUGUCUGAUUUCACAAAAAGGUUAGAAGAAACUGCAGUCAGAUGACAUGCAUUUAAUAUUUACUAAAACCUGUAAGUGGGACUUUUAUCUUAGACGCUGAAGGUUCAGUAUUGUAAGGUUACCUUACAAUUUCAUGUGUAAUCACUGAUCCUGAGAUGUAUUCUAAUCUGUCUAGUAGAAGAAUUCCAUAGAAACCAAAGAGUCUUGGGAGUUAAAGGUUUAUGAAUUCUUUAGAACUUCUAUUGGAAAAAAAACCCAGAACCUCAAAAAAUAGAAAUACUCAUUCUCAGAUCUUAUGCAGAUACAAAAAAAAUGGCAAAUCAUAGUAUUCCCUUGCCAGAUCCAUUAAUUAGGGAUAUAUAUGAGUGUGCCCACAAGUAAAGGAAGGCAAUUUUUUCAAACCGAACAAAUACCUGUAUUGUUUAAUUGAAAUUCAGUAUUGAACCAAAGAAAUUAGUGGGUUUUAAUCCUAACCUCUGUGUUAGUCAAAUAAAUUAUUCCAACAGAUGUUUCCUCUUUCCCUAUACAUAUUAGGUGAUGUUUGACCUUGGCAACUGAAAAACAGGCAUUAAAUACCUUUUUAACCUACAUCUGAGAUCCACUGAGGAUUGCAUGCAGCUUGAACAAUGAAAAAAGCCACUUAUUACUAGAUUACUGAAAUAUGUCAUUAAUCUUUCCUUUUUGAUGAUAUAAAAACAAUAGCAAUUUUAUAUUGAAUUUUAAGUUAGUUUUGGACAUUCAGAGAAAAUUAUGGAUAUUGGCAGGAAGUAAUUAAAAGAAACCAAAUCACUUAACUAUUUUAAAGAUACCUAAUACCUUCCAAUGGGAUACACCAUUAUUAAUGCUCCCAGAGCAGAGAAGUUGUUGAAAUUUUGAUGUUGUAAACUUAAUCUGUAACCAGCAGUUUCUGCCCACAUUGCCUUACUCAUGGAAUUGAAUAUUUUGGUUGGUAUUCAUAGCAGUUCAGAAUGUGGUGGGAAAGUCACCUUUUGUUUCUCCAUUGUAUGUUAUGGGAUUAGCAAUAUGGAAAUAUUUUUAAAUUAUACAAUCAGCAUGAAAUAAAUACUCUGGAUUGUGCCAACUAAUCAUGAGCCACUUUUCUGCCACAUGCACAGCAUGAAUAUUUCAAAUUCUAGUCCAAAAGGAAGGAACUUGUAGUGAAUGUUAGUUUUUCCUCUUAGGCAGAUGCUUAUAUGAACAUUGUGUUUAAUUAGUUAAAUAUUUAUAAAUGUCCUCUGUUGCGGUGGUGUGAAAUCUACACAGGAUAAUGUAUAUUUGGUAACAGGUAGGAAUGUGCCUGUUCUGCAUGUAUACUGGGCUUUUGUUUAUAUGAAUCUAACUAGCAUUAUAAUAAAUAGAAUUAUUAAGGCAUAUUAUAUGAAAGGUUUUUGGGGAGAAAUGAUACUGAGACUGUAAUGAUAUAUACCCAAAACAUAAGCUUUGCAAUCAUACACUCCACAUUACAGAAUAUAGCUCUCUCAUUUGAGAGGGACAGGGAAAUACAUUACCUCUGGGUGACCUAAUUCUUGUUCACUUACUGAAUAUCAAUUUCAGCAAACAUCUGAAAAUUCAAAAAUAAAAAAUAUUUUCAGUCUUAGCUGCAGGAGAAGGAGAAAUACAGAUUUAAGAUCUAAACCAGUGCAGUUUUAGCUGCAAACCUUUGAGUUGGUUUUAGUAGCUGAAGAGCUUGCAAGCACUCCAAAUGUAUUCAGAAUUAGGUGCAUUAAAUACUUAGAGAUACCAGCUGGAGCACUUUGCCAGAGCUGAGAGCAUGCUUGGAACAGACAUGGAGUACCUUUUCCAGCAGUCUGUCUCACUGCCUUUCCUUGGUGAUGGUGUUGAAGGAAAAAUGUAAACAUCUUCUUAGUGAGGUCUAGAAAGUAUCAAUCAGCAUUUAGCGCUGAAGGCUGUGGAAGAGAAAUGUAAGGAAUUUACUUGCUGUUGAAUUGUUGAGCCAUGACAUAGGAUAUGAAAGGAGUCACCACAAUGCUAGAUAAAGUGUAAGGAUAAAGAGAUAAAGUGAAGUUCUGAAGUUAAAUAGGGUUGCUGAAGCAGAGCCAUUUGAAUGAAGGUCAGAUAUUAGCAGUUUCUGGUUACUGUGGGUAGGGUCUUACCAUGUAAGGUCUCAGCAGCAAUUCAGCCAGUUUUAGUGUUUAGUUCCCUUUUUUUUUUUUUCUUUGAGAAUAUGCACUACCUGUAAAGGUAAGUACUUUUGCAGAGACAUAAUUAAUAUUAUAGUAAUCUGCACUCCAGUGGUAUUUUUAGUAUCUAUGUUUACAGCCUUGCUGAAUAUGGUGCUGGAUGAUUCUCCCCAUGAUCUUUCAUACUCUAUUCAGAAGGAACAGAGUAACUGUCAUCACAAACAUACAAGACACAAACAAUUUCAUUGUCUUAUUUCAGCAGUGGUUAUUAAAAAAAAAAAUAAAAAAGAAAGAAGUAGGUCUACUAUAUACCAAAUCUGUAGUACUUAACACUGCCAUGUCAUCUAGUGUUCUAAAGGCAGUGAUAAAAGGCAUCCCUUUUUCCCUGUGCCCUGCCUCCCCACUCCAGUUCUCUGUGCUGCUGCCUGUGCCCAAAGCUGAGAAGGAGUAAAGAUCCAAACAACACUGGCAGAACACAUGCACUGAUAGACCUCCUGUGCCCUUGAAAAGAGUAAAUUCUUUUCAAACCGUGGGCAGCGAGCACAUCUGCUGAUGAGCAGAUUGCCAGCUAGACUAUGCAUAGGAGUAUGCAUACUCCUACAUGUCUGGCUGACCAGAUAGAGCAUAGACACAUUCUUGAUGGGCAAUCUGGUGGGAGCACAUUUGCUUGCAGUAGUCUGCUCCCUCUUCCAGGAGAUAGGGGCUGUUUCCCAGAUAUUUAGAAGACCAAAUGGCACAUAUGGCUUGUCAGCCAGUAGGUGAUCAGCAACUUAUCAGGGCACAUCUGGGGCUGCAGGCUGUCAGAUGCUCUCAAGAACAUUGAAACCCAGACUGUCUGAAACUUUCUACAUAAAAUACAUAAAUAUUUAGAAUGCUUUAGGUUGGAAGAUCAUUGAGUCCAACUGUAAGUCAGUAACAUCUUAAACAGAAUGCAGAAUGAGGGGGGACUAUGUAGUGAUUAUGGUGUGAGUUGCAUCUUGUAACUUGGUCCAUCAAAACUGUGUCAGGAAUGAAAUACUAUUUUAGGAUGGUAAACAAAAAGCAAACUCAGAUCUUUGCCUAUUUAUUUUUCAGGUAUUACAUGUUCACUCUAAUAGUUACUAGAUAAAUGAAACAUUCGGUAUGCAGUAUUUAUUUGUUUCCUAUUCGUAGAUCUUUGUUGUCACUACUUUUAGAGUACUGUUGAGAUAAAACUUCAACCAUUGCACAUUUUUCAUUGUGUAACUGACAAAAUUACAAAUAUCACUUUAAUGACACAAAUAUUAAUCUUAUUAGCAAACUGUUAAAGAAGUAAUACUGUGUUUUUAGGUUUUUAAAAUACAUAACUGAAUGGGAGUUUGAAAAAGUUUGAGGUUAAAUUUGAGGUUAAUUUGAGGUUAAAGACUGCUGCUUGAAUAGGAAUAUAUAAAUAAAUUCUGUAAUUUCAGUAUAAUUCUGUUGAAGUCAGUUCCAAUAAUCUAAUUUACUGCAAUGAUAUAAACACUCUUUCAA